UGGGGGCUUAUUGGAAAAACGUUCAAAAGUACAGGGACUGGGGGCAAAAAUGCAAUCGACCCCUCAAAAUCGCACGUCGAUCCACAUUUCGCUGCAAUUGCAAAUUCCGAAGCUCUGAGUCCAAUUCACCUGUGGAUUUUCUCAGCAGAUUUUCCCUCACUUUCUCUCGAAUUUUCUCGCCGAUCCGACUCGAUUUUCCCGGGAGGUGGAUCCCAAGAGCCUACCACGCCCCGUCGUCCUCGCCAUGGCCGAAUGGAGCCAGAUGCCGGAGGACCUCCUCCGCCUCAUCGCGCGGCGCCUCGGCACGCAGUUCGACGUCCUCCGGUUCCGAUCCGUCUGCUCUUCCUGGCGCUCCUCGGUCGCGCCGAGCCCUGGCCCCUCCCGGCGCGGCCGGUCCCUGAUCCUCCCGAACGACGGGAUCUCCGACGCCGCCCUGGGAUUCCACCUGUCCAAGAGCACCAUCUUCCUCCUCGGGGUGGCCCGAUCCCGCGACCAGGACGCCCCCGCCGGGUGGCUGCUCAAGGUCAAGGAGGACGUCCGCCGGAGGAUGAAUCUACUGAACCCUCUCUCCAGGAGCCCAAUCGCUCCUCUCCCCGAGGAUUUUCCAAGAGUCCUGGAUUUGAUGGAUCUUCGCCUGCUGGAGCUAGGGCACGAGUAUGUGCUGCAGUACAUGAGCUAUCCCCCUUGCGGUAACGAUGGUCAUCUCUACCUGGAGAAGGUUGUUUUCUUGUGCUCGGACGAUGGGAAUGAUUUCGCGCUGCUCACGAUCCACGUGUCUGGGAAAUUGGCCAUGUUGAAAUCUGGUCAAAAACGGUGGUCCGUCAUUCGGGACAUGCCGUCGCCGUAUGAUGACGUGAUAUUGUUUAAGGGAGAGUUUUAUGCCGUCGAUGGCACCGGGAGGACCGUGCUUGUCGGGUUGGAUUUGGGCGUGACCUUGGUCGCGGAGUCGAACUUUGGGGGUGACAAGAAGUUCUUGGUGGAAUCUGUCGGUGAACUGCUGUUGGUCGAUAUGUAUUUGAGCCUGGAUGUCGAGACCGAUCACGAUGGCGUGGUCACGGAAUUAGCAGAGAAUUUCGAUUACAUAACGAGGGAGAGGACAGUCCGGUUUAAGGUCUACAAGCUGGACAGAGAAGAGAAGGUGUGGAAUGAGGUGAAAGACUUGGGGGACAGGGUGUUGUUUCUGGGAGAUGAUUGUACAUUUUCUGCUUCAGCUGCAGAUUUAAGGGCUUGUAAAGGGAAUUGCAUAUUUUUCUCGGAUAAUUGGGAAUUGGAAGGACCUCUGAAGGGCCCUGGAAUUGGUGUCUAUGAUAUGGAUAGUGGCAAAAUUGGACCUUUAGAAGAUUAUGCAGGUUAUUCGGAGCUGUUCUGGCCACCUCCGGAUUGGAUUGCUUCGACGACCUCGGAAGUUCAAAAUCAAUUGGAAGCACUAGCAGUGUAAUGCAGAGGUUGGUCUUCUUGGAUAUGGGGUGUUGUCACCAAUCAAAUUGUUCGCGACAUUGUACAUGAAUAAUGCAGUAAGAAAGGGCUGGAGAGGUUGAUUCAGCUCACUGCAUGGGACCAAGGCAGCUAUUGAUGCUGAAGGAAAGGCAAGAAGUUGGUUUGGUUAGGUGACAAUACAUACUCUGAGUAACUGAUUAUGAGAUUAAUGCUUCAGAUCCACCACCUAGAGGACCUGUAUCAUUGCACAGGGCUUGUUAUAGAUUUGACUGUUUAUUAAGGAUUUCGCCAGACAGAAUAACAGGAAAUGCUGCAUCUCUGCUCCCUAGAGUCUGCGGUCCAUGUUAAUUGAUGCAGAGGCUGAGAGAGCACUUCAUUGUACAUAGAUUGGGAGGGCCAUUCUUUUUUGAGAUCAAGAAAGCACGGCCUUGUGACUAGUUCUACCUUCUGUAUUCACUUUCGGAUGAUUUAUUUAAUGCGUAUUACGCUUCUAAGGUCUUUACUAUAUCUUCGAGGCUGUCAUUCAGUUGCCAUAGCACCGAUGUUUUCUUUUAUGUUUUUCAAAUGUACAUUAAAGAUCAGAAGGCAAACUUUUGCUGGCAA